CAUUUUCCUUCCUUCCUCCAGAAGCUUAUGAGAUCGCUCUGCCACCUGGAAGCGGCAUUUCAGUUCUCAUAAAGCCCGGGACCCCAACUCUGCCAGUAAAGGUCUGUUACAUCAUCAUUUCCACAAGACGGGAAACCAAGCUGUCCAUCAAAGCCGGAGAGAGUAGAGUCUUUUCCUUUAGCUGCCAGAAUCCAGAGAAUCACUUUGUCAUUGAGAUCCAGAAGAAUAUUGACUGCAUGUCAGGCCCAUGUCCUUCUGGAGAGGUUCAGCUUCAGCCCUCAACGUCGGUGUUGCCCGCCCUCAACAGGACCUUCGUCUGGGAUGUCAAAGCUCACAAGAGCAUCGGUCUGGAGCUGCAGUUCUCCCUCCCACGCCUGAGGCAGGUCGGGCCGGGGGAGAGCUGCCCAGACGGAGUCACUCACGACAUCAGCGGCCGCCUGGACGCCACGGUGGUCAGGAUUGGAACCUUCUGCAGCAACGGCACUGUGUCCCGGAUCAAGAUGCAAGAGGGAGUGAAAAUGGCCUUGCACCUGCCCUGGUUCAACAACAGGAACGUCUCCGGCUUCAGCAUCACAAACCGAUCAUCAGUAAAACGCCUGUGCAUCAUCGAGUCUGUGUUCGAGGGUGAAGGCUCAGCUACCCUGAUGUCUGCCAACUACCCAGAUGGCUUCCCCGAGGACGAGCUCAUGACGUGGCAGUUCAUCGUUCCCGCGCACCUGCGGGCCAGCGUCUCCUUCCUCCACUUCAGCGUCUCCAACUGCGUGAAGAAGGAGGAGCGGGUCGAGUACUACAUCCCAGGCUCCACCACCAACCCCGAGGUGUUCAAGUUGGAGGACAAGCAACCUGGGAACAUGGCCGGGAACUUCAACCUCUCUUUGCAGGGCUGUGACCAAGAUGCCCAAAAUCCAGGGAUCCUCCGGCUGCAGUUUCAAGUUUUGGUCCAACGUCCACAAAAUGAAAGCAAUAAAACCUAUGUGGUUGACUUGAGUAAUGAGCGAGCCAUGUCGUUGACCAUCGAGCCACGGUCCAACAAACCGAGCACUGACUCUGUCCCUGGCUGCUUCGUGUGUUUGGACCCUUGGACCUGCAGCACCAACCUCACCCUGACACCUGGAUCCAAACAUAAGAUCUCCUUCCUUUGUGAUGAUCUGACUCGCCUGUGGAUCAAUGCCGAGAAAAACAUAACCUGCACAGACCACCGAUACUGCCACAGGAAGUCCUACUCACUCCAAGUACCAGGGUACAUCCUCCAGCUGCCUGUGCAGCUGCACGACUUCUCCUGGAAGCUGCUGGUACCCAAGGACAGCCUCAGUCUGGCCCUGGUGCCAGCCCAGAAGCUGCAGCAGCACACGCACGAGAGAGCCUGCAAUGCCAGCUUCAGCUACCUCUUGGCCAGCGCUGUCCCCGGCCAGGACCUUCGCUUCGGCUUCUUCUGUUCUGGAGGCUCCAUCGAGCAGAUCCGGGUGAAGCAGAACAUCUCAGUGACCCUCCGCACCUUUGCCCCCAGCUUCCAGCAGGAGGCCUCCAGGCAGAACCUAACCGUGUCCUUUAUCCCCCACUUCAAAGAGGAUGGUGUUUUCACAGUGACCCCCGACAGGAAAAGCAAGGUCUACCUGAGGACCCCUAACUGGGACCGGGGCUUGCCGUCCCUCACCUCGGUGUCCUGGAACAUCAGCGUGCCCCAUGACCAAGUGGCCUGCCUGACCUUCCUCAAGGAGCGGACUGGUGUGGUCUGCCAGACGGGGCGUGCUUUCAUGAUCAUCCAGGAGCAGCGGUCCCACGCUGAGGAGAUCUUCAGCCUGGAGGAGGAGGUGCUGCCCAAGCCAAGCUUCCGCCAUCACAGCUUCUGGGUCAAUAUCUCCAACUGUAGCCCCGUGAGUGGCAAGCAGCUGGAUCUACUCUUCUGGGUCUCACUUACCCCAAGGACUACAGACCUGACUGUCAUCAUCCUCACCGUGGUGGGAGGUGGCGCCUUACUGCUGUUUGCCCUCGGACUCAUCAUUUGCUUUGUGAAAAAGAAUAAGAAAAAGAAGAUCAGCAAGGGCCCGGCCGUAGGUAUCUACAAUGGUAACAUCAAUACCCAUAUGCCAAUGCAGCCAAAGAAGUUUCAGAAAAGACGGAAGGACAACGACUCCCAUGUGUAUGCCGUCAUCGAUGACACCAUGGUGUACGGGCACCUGCUGCAGGAUUCCAGCGGGUCCUUCCUCCAGCCAGAGGUUGCCACCUACCAGCCCUUCCAGGGCCCCAUGGGCGACUGCCCCCCCUCCCCACCCCCUACCUGCUCCAGGGCCCCAACCGCAAAGCUGACCACAGAUGAGCCAUCCCCUGGCUCCCCUCCUGAGUCUGAGAGCGAACCCUACACCUUCUCCCACCCCAAAGACACGAAUAUAAGCAACGGGAACACGGACAUUCCCUUGCUGGACACCCACAAGCCCACAGAGCCUGGGGAAUAACUUGGACCCACUCCAAAGACUUUGCAUAAAGCAGGGCACUGAGACGCCCUUUGGGGUUCCCAACCCGAAAUCCUAAAAGAAGAGGAGUUGUGUGGAAGGACAAAGAGGUUUUCCUGGACACCACCAACUUCUUCUGAUUUCCAAGUGGACCCAUUCCGAUGAUGAGACGUUGAAAAUGAAUUGUGAUCUGGGUACAGUCAUCACAGUGCAUGUCCUUCUAAACUCAGGUUGGCUUGUAACCAGCCCAUAGUGAGAGGGCAGAGGCUCAGUCACCCAGGACAGGGUUGCAACCAGCCCUAGAUUUGGAUUUGGAGUUAGACUUCUUCAGGUUGACAUUUCCGAUCCCUAGGAGCCCACCCGAGGUCCCUGCUUUCACUGGGGUCCCCUGGGUGAAAAUGACAAUGUGCCUUUUAUUAUUAUCAUUAUUAUUAAUAUUUAUUUGGUGGUCCUGUGUAUUUAAGAAGUUGAAUGUCUACCCACGCAGCUCUUUUCACCUGACAUAGUGACAACUCAUGCUGACUAGUUAGACAGCUGGGUUUUGACUUCUGCUGACCACUAGAUAAACAUGUGCUUGCCCCCUAGGAGGUGGAAUAGGUAAUCUGUCCAGCCAGAAAAGGCUGUGUGUGUGUUUGAAGGCACUGACGCCCACCUGCUUUGACAAGAGCCCUCCUGGUUCUCUCGCUCGGCAUGUGGUUAUCCCACUGCAGAAAGACAUCCUCAGUCCCAUUGUCCUUUGACCUAGAAAUAAGAGACGUUUCCUUGAAUUGCCAUGUGUGGCUCUCCCAGCUGCAGCGAUACUUUGGCAUUGAAACAGAAACUGAGAGAAUAUUUUCAUCCUCUAAAAACAUUUAAAAAUACACCAGAGAGUGGCCACCCAUAUUCGUUUCCUAAUGCGACUGAAGCAAAUUACCACAAACAUGGUGGCUCAAAACAGCACAAAUUUCCUACCUUAUGGUCCUGGAGAUCAGAAGCUCAAAGUGGGUUUCACUGAGCUAAAAUCAGCGUGUCAGCAGAGCCUCCUUCUGGAGGCUCCGGGGAGAAUUCGUUUCCUUGUCUUUUCCAGCUAGUAGAGGCUGCUCACCUUCCUUGCCUCCGAUGGUGGCCAUGUGACAUUCCUGCAUCCCUCUUUUACUUACAAGAAACUUUCAGUUAUAAAGGACCCUCCCAGAUAAUACAGAAUAAUCUCCCCAUCACAAGAUCUUUAACUUAAUCACACUGAAAAGUCCCUUUUGCCUUGUCACGUAACAUAUCCAGAGGUUCUGGGGAUUAGGACACAGAUCAUUAUUCUGCUGACCACACCUUCCUGCCCCUGCAAGAGAGACAAGAUGAUCCAGCCCACAGGUGUGCUAUGCUUAGCCUGCAGCAUCUUUCUAAAGAAUUAGUUCCCAACAUUUAAAAUUAUAAAAUGUUUACAUAAAUAUCCAGGUCAGAAGAUCAGACCACGCUGGAGCUCACAUUCUCACUGAGCAGCAAGUGGCUGGAGUUGAAAUGCAGCUCCAUCAUUAGAUGGGGCAUCUGGCUCACCAGUUCGCCGCAGGCCCCGCCGCUCCCUGUCGCCUCCCACACUGAGGCCGAGUCUCCGUUGCUACUGGUCAGUGCCCUGCAGAUUUGCUUCUCUCAUCAUGAAAUGGAAAGUUCGGAACCCGUAUCUCAUCUCAAAUAAGAAGACCAGCCUCGAGGCUAAUGUGUGCUUCAGGAAAGAUUUUUUUACACACAGCCCACAUCCUUCAUUUAUACUAAUUACCACUUGGCUCCUGUGGGUGUUUGCCUUUAUGGACCCUGCUCUCAUCUGGGAGAAGAGGGAUUGUUUUGUGACUUGUCAGCACAGUCCCAAGAUCAAUACUUCUGUGGCAAAACCUUCUUUAAAUAAUAGAUUCACAUCUAUUGUGUUCAGUGACUUCCCCUUGGAAACACACUGCCCAGACUUGUCCACCAUGAAAAUGAGUUGUCUCCAUGAAAAUGAGUUUUGCAAUCUCCUAAAUGCUGUGUUCCAAGGUCUGUUGAACUCUCUCCAGAAAGAAGAGUAUGUUGUGUUUUUUUUUACUUUUUUUGUUGUUGUUUUACUUAUGCCUUCGGUGCUGCCUGUGACACUUUUACUUCUGAAUGGCUGGCUCUGUACAGGGACCCUUGGCCUCUUGACCUGAGAUGCUGGCAAACCUCCCCCAUGAAGGGCCAGAGGAGGGCUGUGGCUUCCUUCCCUCUGCUGAAAUUGUGUCGUUAUUUAAAGUCACCGUUGAAGCUCUGGCCCUCCAUUCUCUGCCUUCCCCAACCUCCUGGCCUCUUCUGAGGGUCACUCAGCCAGUGCCCUGCAUCCCACCCCAAAGUGUGGCUGUCAUCACACAUGUCACCGUUACUUACAAGGGCCCCACGUGGCCAUCUUUUAAUGGAGAGCUCAAAACUCCUGGCCAAGAUGUGGUCUUCCUGAGAUCUCAGGUGGACUUAAUGUCUCUGAAGACACGCCUCCUUGAAGGGGCCAGCCCGACGUACCCCUGGCACUUUUCUUUAAAGCCUGGUCCCCACUUCUGUAAAAUAUUUCAGGGUUGCUGGAAACCAAACAUGUUUGUUGAAGCCCAGCUUGUGCCAGCACGGUGCCCUCCACGCUGGCUCUGCAGAUGCCGGGCAGCCCUUGCGCCCAUCUGCUGUGGCUGUGACAAAGCCCGGCUCAGACAGGACUGAAUAAUGCUGCGGUCAUUUUGCACGGGAGGGGGACGUCCCAAGGAAGAAAGAGUCAAGGAGGAAAAGCGUUAAGUCCGUGGGACAUGACUUUGGUCAAGCUUAGGACUGGUUUGUGUGGAUCUGCAAUGCUUCACUGGAAAUAAUUUAUUUGUUGUAGAUAAUUUUUAGGUAGCAUUUUAUUCAUUUCCUACACUUUUUUAAAUAAAUAUACAGUAAAAAAAAAAA